AUGACUAUCGCCAACACAACAAUAUCUCAUAACGGCACGUACACAUGUCAGGCUCAGCUCGCUACUCCAAUAGGGGCAUACGCGAGAAGCACCACAUUCUCGUUAACAGUGGCAGUGAAACCAGUGUUCUCCGUCAUCAAGUCCAAUUUCACCCGGCUGGAGGCCCAGAGUGUAACGUUUACCUUGGUGGUGCUCUACCCUGGCAACCCAGCCAUCAAGCCAAGUGAUGUACGUGCUGAUCGUGCUUCGGCGCAAAAAUGGCCUAAUUCUACAUUGCUUACUUUGUGUCGGGUACUUCCCUCUUGCAUGCCAUCAUACGAGUCAGAUAGAACACGUAUUAUUUUCUCUCUGUCGCCCCUUGGCACUGUGCAUCCGAUUGGAUCCACAUUUGUGUUCUCCGUUGAUCGUCAACGCCUCACAAUCAAUCGACUGCAGCGCCUCGACUCUGGCAUGUACACAGCACGAGCUGGAAAUUACAAUGGCUUUGCAGUGGCCGUCUUCCACCUGCUGAUGAAUGUUCGACCCUUCAUAUCAACCCCUUCUAGAGAUGAGAAGUUUACUGUAGAGGAGGGAAAGUCCCUAUCGAUCCCAUGCAAUGCCAGUGCUUUCCCCAGCACCAUGCCCGUGUGGGAGCAGAUCGGACUGGGUCGAGUUCCCACCACGGGCAGCGUCAGUGCCAGCACACUAUCCUCUUAUGAUGCAACACAGCAACUCUACCUGACGGCGAAUAUUCUGGUGAUUUCCGACGCUACAUUCUACAACUGCGGCAGAUACCGUUGCGAAAUUGCGAUAGUCGACGACACUGGCUCACAUUUCACUGCUGUUGAAGUGGACAUAGAUGUGCAAGCCGGUCCAAGGUUCAACCAGUCUCAACGUGAAUACACAGUUCUCGAAGGUGAAAUGCUUGACGUCGAAUGCAUCGCAUUCGCCAAUCCACGGCCAUUGUUUGUCUGGACUGUAUCACCGGGAUUUCCCGCUGCGAUGACUGGCCUGGCUAGUGACGUCACAGUCUUGCCAUACCAUACUUCUACGUAUAGUAUGAGCAAUGCUGCUGUGGACGGAUUGUUGAACAACUACACACUGACUUGCAACGUGAACAACUCCAUUGCCACAGCCAGCACUACAUUCACUGUCGUAGUGCAAAUCCCACCAGCGUACAUCAGCUCAAGAACUGGAAUAUACGUAACGUGCAAUGAACACCAAUACGUUACACUGAGUUGCACUUACCGUGGACUGCCCGCGCCAACCAGUUUCUGGCAACAUGCAUCGAAUGCUACGAACCCUUUAUUUACAGUCGUUGAACGAAACAGCACCUUUCCUAAUGUGUACACUAGUGCACAUGCCUUCCCCAGUGUGAGAAAGUCGGACGAGGGAAAUUACUCAUGUUUGUUCCGGAACGAUGCAGGGAAUGCUUCUCAGGAUCUGUUCCUCCGAGUGCAAGUUCCUCCCCGAGCUAGUGCCGUGACGACACUUGUCCACGGUGUUCAAGAUAUGGUUGCUUCACUAAUAGUUCUACUGGACUUUGCUGGCGAUCCGGGUGUUCCUGUGGCUAACAUCACUUGGACAAAGUUUGUCAAUGCGUCACCCGAAGUGCCAAUUCCAACGUCAUUCCUAUCACAAAGCCGACUGAACCUCAGCAUAGCACACAUGAAUUACACCGAUGCUGGCUUGUACAGUGCACAGCUCUCAAAUCCAGCUGGUGCUGCAACUGUAAACUUCACUCUGGAGUACAGAGAGCCACCAAGGUUCAUCUCACAGCCAGUCGUAGAAACACGUAACGAAGGCGCCAGUGUACAGCUUGAAUGCAUUGCCAGUGGUGUGCCGAGACCAAGCAUCAAGUGGCUGCACAAUGGAAUUGUCCUGAACGGAUCAGCAAUCACUACAAUCACGGAAGCGACGUACAACGCCAGCUUUGCAUGUGAUCAUAGCGAGUGUGUUUUGUCAAAAUUGGCGAUAUCGAACAUCACGUAUCCGGAACAUCAAGGCGAUUAUGAGUGUGAAGCAUCUAACAUUGUGUCUUCUGCCAUCAGCCGAAAUUCCACUUUGAACAUUUUUGUUCAGCCAACGGAGACCAUUGCCGCAUCAGAUCUAGCAGUGGUGGAAGGCGCCACGGUUCAUAUCACUUGCAAUGUACAUGCAGCACCAAUAUCAGCGAUAACCUGGUUCUUCAACAAUGUGGACAUAUCAUCAAGCCAUUCCUUUUCGGCUGGUCGUAUUCAACUUACGCAAUCCGAUCAUAAUCUGACCAUCAGCACGGUCGAAUUCCGUGAUCGCGGCGUCUAUCAAUGCACAGCCAGUAACACAGAUAGCAGCGGAACUCUUGGUGGAUCUGUCAACGGCACAGAGGUCACUCUCAGUGUGUAUGUUUCGCCAAUAAUAUCCGAAGCACCAGACAAUAUCACAAUUGUCGAGGGUGAGAAUGUCACUUUAACCUGUAUGGCAACUGGGCACCCAGCUCCAAGCAUACAUUGGCAGUAUAAUGGUACUGAUCUGCCAUCGUACUCAAAUGUAAGUAUUGCUGAAGGUCCAGUGGAGCCAACCUACAUCACCAGCAGCUUGAGUCUGGACAGCGUUGGGUUUGAGCAACGCGGUGCUUACAGAUGUGUGGCCAAAAUCAAUGCCACGGGUUCCCGGGACGUGGAGAGAAUGAGAGAUGUGGCUAGCAGUGAAGGCAUUUUGACAGUCUACACGGAGCCACAACUCCAGUUCUUGUCAAGCGCCUUACACAUAGAACAUCCUGAGCAGAUCAACAUCACCUGCACUUUCUCAAGCAACCCUCCUCCAACUGUUAUAAUUUCUGCUCCUGGCUACUCACAAAGUCAGAUGUUAUCACUGGGAUUGCUACACACUGUCCAAGGAGUAUAUUCCAGAGGCAUGCCUUGGAGUCAGGCAACACUACAUCUAGCAGCAGCAAGAUGUUCAGACAAUGGUACUUACACGUGUACAGCAAUGACACCAGCUGGAAACGCAACUCAGGACACAUCCGUUACUGUCUACGAGAUACCUGAUCCUCCCCAACCGGCUACAGUGGUGCAGAAUAUUCCCUACAAUAUCACUAUUGAAUGGACAGAGCCACAAGGCAAUAAUGCUCCCAUUUUAAGCUACAGGAUUGAGAUAACGUCUUAUGACUGUCAAGGAAACAAGGAGGAAAUGUUUCACAACACAUCUGCUGGAGUGCGGUUGGCAACAUUCAGUGUGUUGCCAAAUCGGCAGUACGAGUUCCGUGUGAAAGCCAGCAAUAGAAUUGGAACAGGAAGCUUCAGCCCCCAGUUGUCUGUUCACUCACAUGAAAUUGAACCACUGCCUGCCCCAGCCAGUGUCAAGGUAGAAGUGAUCAGCUUUGAGUCUGUCAACAUCUCCUGGUCAGACAUCAACUGUACAGAGCAAACAGCACAGACGCAGGGAUACCGUGUGUUGUACAAGGACCUAUUGGCAUCCAACUUUUCAUCUGUGGAAGUGUCAAAGCAAAGCCUUUCAUAUGUGCUGUCAGGCUUGGACGCACUAACGUUCUACACAUUCCAAGUGUGUGUGCUCUCGACUACAAUGUGCAGUGCUGACAGUGAUCCGGUUCAGGCGAGAACCUUGGCUAUAGGAAACCGCUCUCCACCUGAAGCACAUGCACCCAACAAUGCAGUAGUUGGAGUGGAAAGUGAAGCAGUGGAACUGUUUGUGAAUCUCACAGAUGCUGGCAUAGCCCCGUUACCCAGUUCCAACAUUACUUGGGUGAAGGUUGUGAAUGCUACAUUUGAGGCAGCAGUCAACGCCAGCAUCUCCUCAGAUGGCCUGACACUGAGCAUACAUAGGAUGCACUACACUGAUGCUGGAAUGUACAUAGUCUAUCUGAGACACUCAGCAGCCGUACUCAAAAUCAAUUACACCGUACUCUAUGAAGAACCGGCUCAAAUACUCCGUGGACCUGAACUUACCAAUACUAACGAAGGGAGUAAUGUUACGCUGGAGUGUGUUGCUCGCGGCAUGCCAGCACCAGCGGUAGCAUGGUAUCAUGAGGGGAGUUUGGUCAGCAGUGACCUAUACGGCACUGUCACAUAUGCGGAUGCCGUCACUACCCAAAGGGGUACGCAGGGAGUAUGGUCGGUGUUGACCUUGGACAAUGUCACCACUCUGAAUGCUGGAAUCUUUCGUUGCGAAGCUAUCAACAAACACUUGCCGUCAGCAAGUGCCUCUGCCAGGCUCGAUGUGUACAUACCGCCUGAAGAGUUGGCCGUACAGCCAAACACGUCGCUCACAGAAGGACAAACAGCGCAAUUUUCCUGUCAAAUGUCGGGAUUUGACACACCGCAUGUCACUUGGUACCACAACAAAACACGGGUUAUCACCACACUAACCAAUCCCAGGGUCGCACUAUCUGAUGGUGGCUGGAACUUGACAAUGAGCUCUAUUGUGCGCAAUGAUACUGGGACGUUUGGCUGUGUGGCGGAGAACGGCAAUGUAACGGCUGGAUAUGGCGGUGUUACCGUGGGUUCAGAAGCACUGCUCACAGUACAUGUGCCUCCCAAGAUAAUAGUGCCACAGAAUGGGAAUGUGUUUGUCGUCAAUCAAACCGAUGAUCUGGAGCUGGAGUGCGUUGUGGAGUCGUUUCCAAUGGCAACUGUCACUUUCUACGGUGGCAGCAAUAUUGUUACUCGGACUCUUGAUGGGACGAUCAUGACCAAUGCGUCAUCAGUAUACAGUACUUCAUCCCAGCUGUACACAACUAUAUACCAGCUCAGUGUGAGCAACAUCAGUGAGAGUGAUGCAGGACAGUAUGUAUGCAUCGCUACGGUGGUUGCAACAACUGGUGUUCACGUGGACAGCAUCAAUACUAGUCUUACCGUGCAAGUUCCACCGGUCGUUGAGAGAGUGAGUAAUGCCACCCAGGACAGACUUGAAGCAAGCAAUGUCACGUUCAGUUUUGCAUACACAAACUCCCCACAACCACAGCCAAGCAUACAGUGGGCAUUGCCCAUGGCCAGUCCGAGAUUUGAAGUUUCAACCAACAGGAUGUCUUUGACUAUUCGCAACUUGUCCUUGGAUGAUGCUGAUACCUACGAAGUGUGGAUUAGUAAUGCAGCAGGCACCACGUCGCUCAGCUUUACUGUCGUUGUUUACGCAUUACCCCGCAUUACCAGCCCUGCUGAUGAUGCAGUGUACAUUGUCAAUGUAACAGACGUGUUCCAAGUCACCUGUCUCUCUGAAUCGUAUCCUGAAGCAGAGGUCUCAAUCCUGAACGGCACUGAUAACCCAAUCUUCAGUUCCGAAUAUGCAGCUAUCACGGAAUCAAAUUAUUUCUCUGCCCAGCACCAUGUAUGA